UUUGCGGUGUGCCCCACUUGGUAGCAAGACGCAGACGUUUAUGAACGUUGUGUUCGGCGUUCCCAUGCCCCAGGGCUAUGGCUUGACUGAGACGUGUUGCAACGGGUCGAUACAGCGGACAGGGGAGUUGCACCCUGCCGCAGGUCAGUUAUUAAAGGGUGUUGAAGCGAAACUGUGCGACACGGAAGAGUACAAGCACACGGAUACACCUUAUCCACGUGGUGCGCUUUUAUUGCGGGGCCCAGCUCUUUUUAAGGGCUACCUGAAGCAGGAGGAGGCGACAAGUGAGGUGUUUACAAAAAAAGGCGGCUGGUUUCAUACGGGUGACGUGGUGGAGAUGGAUGACAGCGGGUGUCUUCGUAUUAUUGGCCGUGUGAAGGCGCUGGCAAAGAACCUGUUGGGGGAGUACAUUGCCAUUGAGUUCCUUGAAGCCUUGUAUGGGCAGCAUGAGUUGGUGUCCCCGAACGGCGUCUGUGUGCUUGUCCAUCCGCAGCGUGCGUACAUCUGCGCCCUUGUCUUGACAGAGCAACCGAAGGCAAUGAAUUUCGCUUCUGUUCACAAAAUCCCUGGCAAUUGGCCGGAGAUCUUGCAGGAGCCCUUGUUUCAUCAACGUGCAGCGGAGGCACUUACGGCGCUGGCGAAGGCGGAGGGACGACGCCCCUUUGAGCUACUGCGACAUGUGCGGGUGCUGAAAGACGAGUGGACGCCGGAGAACGGAAUAAUGACAGCGUCCAUGAAGAUACGUCGCUCUGCCGUUGAUAAGCGUUACGCGGAUUACAUUGAGCAGCUCUUUGAGGACGAGUGA